AUGGCCGACUACAGUUCGAUGAAGGUUCCCGAGCUCAAGAAGCUGCUCGGCGAACGGGGCCUUCCUCACACUGGAAACAAGGCCGACCUGAUUGCCCGCCUCCAAGAGAACGAUAAGCAGCAGGCGGCCAGCAAUCCCGAGCCGCAGGCCGACUCCAGCAAGCCGGCCGCUGCAGAGGAUGAGAUUGACUACGAUGACGACGACCUCCCGGCGUUGAACAAGGACAAGAAGGAUGCGACGGCCGAGAAGCCGGCCGCCGACAAGGCGACUCCUGCGGUUCCCGAGAAGAAGGUCGACGGAGCCGCCACCGCCUCCGACGAAAAAAAGCCCGAAACAACCGCCACACCAGCCGCUGCCAACGAGACCGACGAGGAGGCGCCCGCCGCUACUGCUGCUCCCGCCGCGCCCCUCUUCACUCAGAACCUGCCCCCGACUGACGCCAAGACGGAAGCCGAGAAGCGCGCCGCCCGUGCCGCGCGGUUCGGCAUCGACCCGGAGUCUGAGGAGGCCAAGAAGGCCGCGCGCGCCGCCCGUUUCGGCGUGGCCAACGACCAGGUCGCCAUGAUAGACAGCGCGCUGCCUGAACGCGGCCCCCGCAAGCGUGGGCGCGGAGGUGACGGCGACAAAGACAAAGAAAACAAGGAGGACGAGGCCGGCGAGAAUGCGCGCGCCAGUAAGCGGAGCAAUCACGGUGAAGGGGGAGGUGGUAGAAGUGGUGGGGGACGGAACCGUCAACGGGGUGGUGGUGGUGGUCGCCGUCGAGGUGGCGGCAGAGGAGGAGGUCAGAACCAGGGCCGCGGGGGCGGGCAAAAGGGCAACAAGGAAUCCAAGCCUGUCACUGUUGACCCGGCUGAAAAGGCCAAGAUGGAGGCGAGGGCGAAGAGGUUCGCUUCUUGA